AUGGCACCCAAAGGCAAGGGCGAGCAGCCCAAGGUGAAAAAGGUCGCCGUGGACAAGACUUUUGGUAUGAAAAACAAAAAGGGAGGAGCCGCCCAGAAACAGAUUGCGCAGAUCAAGGCGACAGCUGCCUCGGGAGGGUCGCCCGAUGAGAAGCGAAAGGCGGCGGAGAAGUUGCAGCGCGAGAAGGAGAAGUUGGCGGCAGAGCAAGCACGCAAGGAAACCGCCGAGCUCUUCAAGCCUGUACAGGUCCAGAAGGUGCCCUUUGGAACCGACCCCAAAACAGUACUAUGUCAGUUCUUCAAGAAGGGCAACUGCGAAAAGGGCAAGAAGUGCAAGUUCAGCCACGACCUGGCUAUCGAACGCAAGACGGAGAAGAGGAGUUUGUACACUGAUAGCCGAGACAAAGAGAAGGAAGAGGAAGAAGAGCGACGGAAGAAAGACAACAUGGACAACUGGGACGAAGACAAGCUGCGACAGGUCGUUCUCAGCAAGCACGGCAACCCCAAGACAACAACGGACAAGGUGUGCAAAUACUUUAUUGCCGCUAUCGAGGACCAGAAGUAUGGUUGGUUCUGGAUAUGUCCAAAUGGAGACAAGUGCAUGUACAAGCACUCUCUGCCGCCAGGGUUCGUUAUCAAGACCAAGGAACAACGUGCCGCCGAAAAGGCGCUCAUGGCCAACUCACCACUCAACACCCUCACUCUCGAAGACUUCCUUGAGUCUGAGCGUCACAAGCUUACCGGCAAACUCACACCCGUCACACCAGAAACCUUUGCAAAAUGGAAGAAGGAGCGUGUCGACAAGAAACAAGCCGAGGAAGAGGCCAAGAAGAUGAAGGAGGCCACGGGUAGGGCCAUGUUCGAAAAGGGCGACUGGGCACAAGACAGUGAUGCGGAUAGUGAUGACGAUGAUUCAGAUGAGUGGAAUUUGGAGACGAUGCGAAAGGAGACCGAGGCGGCCAGGGCGCGGAAGGAGGAGGAACGCAUGGCUGCUCAGAUGGGAAACAUGACAGUGUCUUGA